ACAGACAUACAGCCCCCAUUCAGCCCCUGUCCUUUCUCUCCCAGCUCCUCCCUGCCUCUCCCCCUCGAUUCAUUCCCGGAUCAGCUUCUUGGCUUUGGGAUUGGUUCUCAGGUACUUGGAUGAGUUCUUGACGAGUUUGCUGACCUCAACACCGAUGUCGUUGGUCGCCCCUUGCGCCACCCGCUGUGCCGUCUGGACGACCAGAUCCGAAUGGUUGGCAACGUUCGGGUCGAUGCCCUUGUUGGUCACGUCGCACUGUACACCCACGAAGUAGAGUUUGCGGCCCAGCCGGAGGGGUGAGAUGUGGAGGAGGUUUUCGAAUAUCUCGCCGGUUUUCCGCUUAUUGACGAGUUUGACGAUGAGAUCCUCGUCGCACGAGUCGUUGCGGUAGACGCGCAGGACGUAGUCCUUGAUCUUCUGCGUCGUGUUGCGGUCCGUCUCGUCACACUGCAACAGACUGAAUUAAAGGAACCGGCACCAGGAGGGGCGAUGAGCAGAGCUAAGAAAGCACGAGACAUGGAGCACUCAAGAUAGGGCCUUGCUUCCUUGCCUUCUUCCUCCCAUUCCCCCUAUGUGUUGCCACACUGCGGUCAUGCAGCUGUUGUGAGGCCCCCCUGCUCACCGGCAGUUGCGUCCGAUCAGCUCCCAUGGCUCGAACUUGGUCAGGUCGCAGAAGCCCUUUGACACUGCAACGAUUGGGCAGUCAGGCAGGUCCGGGUCGGCGAUUGUGGUAGAGAACUCUAAGCUUGAUAUACCUGAGGAACAAGCGGGGCACAGAUGUCAAGGACAACACCGAGAAAUGGACACAGCUUCUCGAGCUCUGCAGCACCAAGCGCAGUCACUGACAGGCAGGCCAUACCUUUGAGCAUCUUGAUAUCAACCUCUUCUGACGCCGUUUCGAGCUUGGCAUCCGAGUCUCGCAGGCACCCACAGAGGCAUCGAAAGCAGCCAGACUCCUUCGUUGGCAUGAUGAUCGUGUCACGCAGUGGAAAGGGGUGGUGGUAAGACACGGCAAGAUGCAAUUGGCAAGACAAAGAACGAAACGGGGAG